GUACUUUUUUUUUUUUGAAAUUAACGUAUACCUUAGUUUACAAAUACCUAUAUUUUUACAAUGCAAAAGAUCAAUACCUUAGUUUAGUAUCACGCUAUUAAAGAUUUAUGCUUUUUUCUUUCUGCACAAAAAGUUUAUUUUUUAAAUCCACCUUUUCGAAUUUCAUUCUUUUGAAUAAAAAUGAAGUACAAUUAUUCUCUGAAAAAAUACACAUCUUUAUAUUUUUGUUCAAACCUGAUUAGACAAUUAAUUAUUAGUCUCACACUUAGCUGUACAAAAUCGAUUAAUAUUCUUUUUCCUUUUCUUAAUACCAUACAAAUAAAAACAGGCUUUUUCAGAUCAUCCUCUGCAUUUGUGAAUUUGCUUUUGGCGACCCUAAAAAUCAUCGCAGAUAAUUACCCAUGCCGACUUGACAAAGCCUUUAUCAUCGACCCUCCCUCUUAUUUCUCUUACCUUUGGAAGGGUGUUCGUCCUUUUGUGGAGCUCUCAACGGUCACGAUGAUAGUGUCGUCUCUAGACUACGACGAAAGGCUAGAUAUCAGCCACGUGUCGUCAAAUCCUCGAUCAGCAUCUUUAAGAUUAGACGCAUCGUCGAUUAAAUCAACGGCCACGAUUGGUUCAGCUUCUUCAAGAUUCGCUUUCACCGUCUCUCAAAACUCCUUGAAGCCGUGGUAUCUUUCCUUCACCGACACGUCCCCUUAUAACCCCGCCGUCUCCUCAUCCACCGCCGCUCAAGUUUCUCCUCUCAGCGCACGGUCGCUAUAUUUCGCGUCUCCGGCGGCGCGUGGUUUCAAAGAAGCGAAACCAGCUGCAUGCAGAAAGAGUUUGUUUCCAUCUACGCCGUUGCCGGAGAAGACAAAGACGGUUUCGUACCGGAAAACUCCACGUCCUUCGUUCUUUCAGUCGCCGGCGAUGCUCUUUCGCAGGGAGAAUAAUGUCGGUGGAGGAGGCGAGAAGUCGUUUGUACCGUAUCUGAAGUUUUACCGGAGACCGUACGAUGAGACUGCGUAUAGGUCUAAGCUGCGUGGUACACGUGGAUUUGUGUCGGUCGUGUCUUCGCACAGAAGAUCUCGCCACGUGUCUUUAUCUCAACGGUUCUGAUUUAAAAGACGAGAUUUGGGGAACGAGUAUAUAAUUAGAAGAUAAUCAAUCAAUCACAUUGAUCUGUUCCAAAUA